AUGUCGUUCUUCAACUUCAAAGCAUUCGGAAGGAACUCAAAGAAAAAUAAAAAUCAGCCACUUAAUGUUGCUCAGCCGCCAGCAAUGAACACCAUUUAUUCGAGCCCCCAUAGUAGCAAUUCCAGACUAUCGUUAAGGAAUAAACAUCAUUCACCUAAGAGGCAUUCCCAAACAAGUUUCCCCGCACAAAAGUCUACGCCGCAAUCACAACAAUUAUCAUCUAGUACACCACAGUCUCAACAGCUAGAAGCUAGCGAAAAAUCAGAAUCACAACAAAUAAUGUUUCUCAGCGAACCCUUCGUUAGAACUGCUUUAGUGAAGGGUUCAUUUAAAACAAUAGUACAAUUGCCCAAAUACGUGGACCUAGGAGAGUGGAUAGCGUUGAACGUUUUUGAAUUCUUCACAAAUCUGAAUCAAUUUUAUGGAGUAGUAGCGGAGUACGUAACGCCUGACGCGUAUCCAACAAUGAAUGCUGGCCCUCACACAGAUUAUUUAUGGCUAGAUGCAAAUAAUAGACAGGUUUCACUGCCAGCUAGUCAGUACAUAGAUUUAGCCCUCACAUGGAUAAAUAACAAAGUGAACGAUAAGAACUUAUUUCCCACCAAAAAUGGGCUUCCAUUCCCGCAGCAGUUUUCGAGAGAUGUGCAGAGAAUCAUGGUACAAAUGUUCAGAAUAUUCGCACAUAUUUAUCACCACCAUUUUGACAAAAUUGUACAUUUGUCAUUAGAAGCCCAUUGGAAUUCAUUUUUCUCCCAUUUCAUUAGUUUUGCUAAAGAGUUUAAGAUCAUUGACAGAAAGGAAAUGACUCCACUGCUACCGUUAAUUGAAAGUUUUGAAAAACAGGGCAAAAUUAUCUAUAAUUAG